UGAUGUCAGUGGAUGAGGAGAGCACGUCCUGCUACUGUCUGCUGGAGGCCCAGAGGUGCCAUGUGCUGUUGGAGCAGCCGGGUCGUUACGCGCUGGUGGGGGAGGCGCUGAACCAGGAGGCUGCCAAGCGACUGCGGCUAGCCGUUUUUGGCAGCCCUGACCUCAGCAACUCUCUGGGCUUCACCCUCAGAGUGUACUGUGUGGACGACACUCCCUACGCUUUCCAGGAGGUGGUGGUGGGGGAGCGCAGCAGGGGCGGACGGCUCCUCGAAGAACCCAAAAUUCUGCUGUUCAAGGGGAACACGUUCAGCCUCCAGGUGUCCAUCCAGGACGUCCCGCGGUUACUCUGGAGCAUCAAGCCUUUCACCACCUGCCAGGUUGGACUGUUUCCAUCCUUUACUGUUGCGUAAAGCGGCGAGGAGUGUUCACAACGGGUUUAUCGGUGUUAAUGUCGAAACCGCACGCAGCUGCAUGGCAGCCAUGUGCAUGAAAAGAAGGCAUCCGCCCUGGUUUUCAUCGGCAGCCUCACUCUUCCAUCACACACGCCAUUUGCUUGCUUGGUCACAUCAAAGCUAAAGGGCAGCAGCAAGGGCACAGUAGGAGGCUAGCUAUCUCACCCACACACACACCAUUACAAACUUAAUUAUGACUUGUAGGCAGGAAAACACACACGCACACACACACACAGAUAUAUCAUAGUUAUCUUCCUAGGGGUCUUCGUGCUGCAUGUUCUGUUCUGCCCUGUGAUGUUUAUCCCACCAGCGACAUCUUAUUAGCAGAAUUAGCCCAACGUAGCACCUCCAGAAUACCAACGAGGAAAGCUGAAAACUCGACCAGGAAGACGGCUUCAGGCUCUGAUUCAGACAUGACUGCCACCUAAAGCAGGCAGUUAUAAGUGGCUGUCCUUUUCUGAUGGGUCUGAAGAGUGGAUGAUUCAUCUGUACAACUGAGUUUUGACCCGUUCCGACUGCAGCAGCGUCUGAGUCACACAGCAGCGAGCGGCGGCAGCUGGAACAGCGAGCCUCAGACUGUAUAUGCUCAGCAGAUGUAGCUCUGCUUUCUAAAGCUUUGCUACAUCCGAGGUGGAAAUGCAGAGCAAACUGUGAGCGUUAAGGGAUCUCUCGCCCUAAUUCUAUAAUCACAACAUUGAUCCCCAUCUAAAGAUCGGCAUUAAGAUACAAGCUUAGCAGCAGGACCGUGGAGGAGAGGAGAAGAAUAAGACAAUAAAUCCUCAAACUAAUGCA